UGUUCCUUGUGGUUCUAUAUCGAUAACCUCUUCUGCAGUUUCACCAUCCGUGUUAUCAAGAAAAAGUGCUAUGAUAUCAGUGGUUUCUGCAGUCUCUCCUUCCCACCUAUCAAGCAAAAGUUCUAUAGUAUCGGUGACUUCUCCUGCAGUCUCUCCUUCUCACCUAUCAAGAAAACAUGCCAUGGUAUCAGUGACGUCUCCUGCAGUCUCUACUUCCCAUCUAUCAAGAACAAAUGCCAUGGUAUCAGUGACGUCUCCUGCAGUCUCUCCUUCCCACCUAUCAAGAAAACAUGCCAUGGUAUCAGUGACGUCUCCUGCAGUCUCUCCUUCCCACUUAUCAAGAAAACAUGCCAUGGUAUCAGUGAUGUCUCCUGCAGUCUCUACUUCCCAUCUAUCAAGAACAAAUGCCAUGGUAUCAGUGACGUCUCCUGCAGUCUCUCUUUCCCACCUAUCAAGAAAACAUGCCAUGGUAUCAGUGACGUCUCCUGCAGUCUCUCCUUCCCACCUAUCAAGAAAACAUGCCAUGGUAUCAGUGACGUCUCCUGCAGUCUCUCCUUCCCACCUAUCAAGAAAACAUGCCAUGGUAUCAGUGACGUCUCCUGCAGUCUCUACUUCCCAUCUAUCAAGAACAAAUGCCAUGGUAUCAGUGACGUCUCCUGCAGUCUCUCUUUCCCACCUAUCAAGAAAACAUGCCAUGGUAUCAGUGACGUCUCCUGCAGUCUCUCCUUCCCACCUAUCAAGAAAACAUGCCAUGGUAUCAGUGACGUCUCCUGCAGUCUCUCCUUCCCACUUAUCAAGAAAACAUGCCAUGGUAUCAGUGACGUCUCCUGCAGUCUCUACUUCCCAUCUAUCAAGAACAAAUGCCAUGGUAUCAGUGACGUCUCCUGCAGUCUCUCUUUCCCACCUAUCAAGAAAACAUACCAUGGUAUCAGUGACGUCUCCUGCAGUCUCUCCUUCCCACUUAUCAAGAAAACAUGCCAUGGUAUCAGUGACGUCUCCUGCAGUCUCUCCUUCCCACCUAUCAAGAAAAAGAACUGCUUGUUUUGAUCCGAAGAGGGAGAGUUCUCAUUUACCAUUAAAGAAGUUUCGCUCGUUCCCAGAGCCCUCAGUUUCAAAGAAAUUAAAUCCGGAAAUGGUGGAGCUCGAUACGAGAGUACAAAUGAAGACUUGUCCGUGGAUCCCAGUGAAUACGAUUUAUUCUCCAAGCGGGACACAAUCAGAGAAGAAAGCUCCAGUUCUGAGCCUUACUAAAUGGAGCGAGAUGGCGAGAUUGUGCUCUGGCUCUUCUCCUCUAGCUCUUCCUGUAAUUGACAGUUCAGGAAACACAGUGGGCCUACAUUUAUCACCCAGGAUCAUGCAUAAAUUUCAAAAAAGAGUGUCUAGAAAACUGGACUACAACACAGCAAACUCACCAACGUGAAAAGCCCAGACUUCAGUUACUUCAUGAUGAGAAAACUAUACAGUUUCAGGAGAAAUGUGUUUCUGUGAUUUGCACGAAGUUGAACGUGUUUGUAAGCUAAUUUUAAAUGAACGCUUACUUUCUCUUUCCCCUUUUCAGUGCCUUGGGAUGUCCUCCCGUUGUGCUAUCUAAAUGCAAUUUGUUGUUGUUUUCUCCCUUCAAAAAGCGAUGUUGACCAGCAGCAAUAUAAUUCAACUGGUGCAGUAGAUUGCUUGAACCCUGGACAUAAUGUACUAGAAAACACGCGAAUCAUGGCAGUGGAGAGCUUAUAUGAAUUAUAUCUUCCAGCUAAGGUUCUUUUUAAAAUAAAAUUUUUCUUUUUAAAUUAAUUUAAUCCAAUCUUAAAUGAGUAACAAUAAUACUUUAUAACCAUGUUUUUAGAAUCCCCCUACAAUCCAGGGCUCUUAACAUU